UUUCAUAUAAGACGGAAAUUACAAAUAUGAGAAACGUGUACAAUGUGUACAAAACUCAGCGCACGUGACGUCUGUCAAAAUGGCGGCGUCCUUGACAAGUCGGUGUGCGAUGUUAGGGGCUACGUUUCGAAGACUGUCCAUUGUUGGCUGCCCUUCAUUGGAAGUGCGAGGAAUUCAUUCAACUGCCAUAUGUUAUAAGAACCGGGCAGCCCGUAUUCGUGUGGGGAAAGGUGACCGGCCCUUGAACUAUGAGCAGGCACUCCAUCCACACCAGAUAGGUCAUCGCAAGGGCUGGCUCUCUGCGCAUACGAGCAAUCUGCAUGAAGAAGAAGGUGCUGCUGACAGGACCGUAGAAGAUGUCUUUAUUCGUCGCUUCAUAUAUGGUACGUUCCACGGUUGCCUGGCCAACGAGUUGGUUAUUAAACGCCGUGGCAACAUCAUAGUGAUAUGCGCCCUAAUGCUUCAGAAGGUGCAACCACAGAAGUUCUACUUCCUCAUUGGCUACACAGAGACACUGCUCUCUCACUUUUACAAGUGCCCUGUCAAGAUGGAGGUACAGACUUUGGAAAAGAAGGCAGUUUAUAAGUAUGUCUAGAUGUUCACUUAUGAGAAACCACCUCCUGUUGACUGACUGUAAGAAUUAAGGACAGAUUCACCUGGCGAAAAUCUGCAGUUUGCACUACAUUCAAGAAUAGCAGUCAAUAAUCACCGGCUGAACGUGUUGAGUUGUCAUGUAAUUUUUUUUUAUUCUGAACCCAAGAAAUAUGUAAAUAGUGUAUUUCCACUCUCUCUUGAACACAUUGUAUUCAUAAGGGACAUGUGUUCAAACCACUAUUAAAACUGUUGAACUAUU